GACACGAUUUACUUUCGUUUUUGCUUAUGAAACCCAAAAGUUGAGUCAAGAAUCAAGAGAAAAGGACUUCAGCCGAACGUCACCGUUUCACCUGAAACCUUUUUAACAAAGACCUGCUGAGAUAAUCACAACACAUUUAGCGUCUCUCCGUCGAGCUUUCUCCGUCGAGACUUCGCCUUCAUCCCCAAAAACCCUUAUGGAACUUCUCCGAUCCAACUUGUCUAGGGUUCAGAUCCCCGAACCCACCCACCGCAUCUACAAGCACGAGUGUUGCCUCUCCUUCGACACCCCGAGAUCGGAAGGAGGAUUGUUCGUAGACAUGAACAGCUUCCUUGCUUUUGGAAAAGACUACGUUGCUUGGAAUCACGAGAAGACGGGGAAUCCUGUUUAUCUCCACAUCAAGGACACUCCCAAGUCUGUUCCCGAGGAUCGCCCUCUCAAGAAACCUACUCUCCUCGCUAUUGGUGUUGAUGGAGGAUUUGACAACAAUGAGACUGAGUAUGAGGAAUCUUAUAGCAUAGUCAUACUUCCAGACUUUGUUUCACUUCCUUUCCCUUCUGUUGAACUACCAGAGAAGGUGAGGAUUGCGGUUGAUACUGUUCUGAGUGCCGUUGGUGCUGAGCGGAGAGAGCAAGUUGCAGCUUGGACAGCUGAGGAGAAGAAAGCUAGUGAACAUGCUUUGACGGUGCAGCAGCUUAAGAGCGGCGUUGUUAUUCCUCCCUCUGGUUGGAAAUGUGCCAAGUGUGAUAAGAAGGAGAAUCUCUGGCUUAAUCUUACCGAUGGGAUGAUUCUCUGUGGGAGGAAAAAUUGGGAUGGGACUGGUGGAAACAACCAUGCUGUUGAGCACUACAAGGAAACAAGCUACCCUCUUGCUGUAAAACUUGGAACUAUCACCGCUGACUUGGAAGCAGCAGAUGUUUAUUCUUACCCUGAAGAUGACAGUGUUUUGGACCCACUCCUGGCUCAGCAUCUGGCCCAUUUUGGAAUCGACUUCUCCUCGAUGCAGAAGACAGAAAUGACAACUGCCGAAAGAGAACUUGAUCAAAAUACGAAUUUUGAUUGGAACCGUAUACAAGAGAGUGGAAAAGAAUUGGUGCCAGUUUUUGGACCUGGAUAUACUGGACUUGUCAAUCUUGGGAACAGUUGCUACUUGGCAGCUACGAUGCAGAUUCUUUUCUCGACCCAUUCGUUUAUUUCAAGAUACUUCUCACAUCAGAGCUUAAAGUUGGCAUUUGAAAUGGCUCCUGCUGAUCCAACUUUGGACCUCAAUAUGCAAUUGACAAAGCUUGGACAUGGUUUACUAUCUGGGAAGUACUCUAUUCCUGUAACAGAGAAGGAUGCUGCAACUGCAGAAGCUAGGCAAGAAGGAAUCCCUCCUCGCAUGUUCAAAUCGGUAGUUGCUGCUGGCCAUGGAGAGUUCUCUUCUAUGAGACAGCAGGAUGCUCUCGACUUUUUCCUCCACUUGCUAGAUAAAGUUGAGCGUGGCAACAACACGAGACCAGAUUUAGACCCCUCGAGGAGCUUCAAGUUUGGAGUAGAAGAAAAGAUCCUUUGUUCAUCUGGGAAGGUCUCAUAUAAUAAGAGGGAUGACUGUAUUCUUUCUUUGAACAUUCCACUGCAGGAGGCAACUAAUAAAGAUGAAUUAGAAGCCAUUAACAACCAGAAAGCAGGCAAAGGAUUGGAAGAAAAUAAUAUGUCAACUGAUGAUAUUGUACGCCCACGAGUUCCUUUAGAAGCUUGUCUAGCAACGUUUGCAUCACCAGAGCAGAUUCAUGAUUACUACAGCACUGCUCUGAAGGGAAAGACAACAGCUAUCAAGACAACUGGUUUGACGUCUUUCCCAGAUUACUUGGUCUUGCACAUGCGGAAGUUUGUUAUGGAUGCAGGCUGGGUGCCAAAGAAGCUUGAUGUGUACAUUGAUGUUCCGGAUGUAAUUGAUAUCAGCCACAUGCGCAGCAAAGGGCUUCAACCUGGAGAAGAACUGUUGCCAGAUGCCGUUCCAGAAGAAGUGAUGGAAACUGCACAGCCUGUGGCCAAUGAGGAGAUAGUUGCACAACUCGUCUCAAUGGGAUUUAACCAGCUUCAUUGCCAGAAAGCCGCCAUAAAUACGUCUAAUGUUGGGGUUGAAGAGGCGACGAACUGGUUAUUUUCUCACAUGGAUGAUCCAGAUAUCGACGCACCAAUCUCCCAUCAGGCAUCUGACGUUGACCAAUCAAGCGUUGAUACCUUAAUCUCCUUUGGUUUUGCUGAAGAGGUUGCUCGAAAGGCACUCAAAGCCUCGGGAGGAGAUAUAGAGAAAGCAACAGAUUGGAUAUUCAACAACCCUAAUGCAUCUGUUUCAGACAUGGACGUUUCCUCUAGCAGUUCAGCGCAAACUCCAGCUCAGACUGGACUACCAGACGGAGGAGGGAGAUAUAAGCUGUUUGGGAUAGUAAGCCACAUGGGAACAUCAACGCACUGUGGUCACUAUGUGGCACACAUAUUGAAAGAAGGUCGUUGGGUCAUAUUCAAUGACAGCAAAGUAGGUAUCUCGACAGAUCCUCCUAAAGACAUGGGUUAUCUCUACUUCUUUCAGCGUCUCGAAAACUGAUUAGGGAAACCGAGUGAGUGUUGAAAUUUUAUGGAUGGAAAAGAAAAGAAGAGACAGAAACUAGUCCUUUCUCUCUAUAGAACUUUUAGGGUUUUAAGAUUUGGAUUGGGUUAUGAAUUGUUUGGUUUCCCAGUUUUUACUUGUCGAUUAUGGCAAAAUUACUAAUUUUGGUCUAGUGAUGAUAAAAGCAUCAAGAACAGGUCUCUUUCUUUUGACUUCGAAAAUUUGAAAGAUUAAAAUGUCACAAUCA